AUGAUGCCGGCGAAACGUCUGGCAUUUGAAGUGAAGAGACUCGGCAUCCUCAAUCUUUUGAUCAAACGUGAGUACGAUCUCCUUCAGCUCAUUUCGUGCCAACCACGUAUACUCACAAUGUGGAUGAACACAAUUGGAAGCCUCAAGUUCUCAUUGGCUGCACUGUGGUGUCCCCUGGCUGAUGGUGACGAUUCUCAUCUCAUAUUUUACGACCUGCCUCCUCUGCUGUCUUCGCCACUGUCUACUGAGGCACAUUCUGCUGAGACUUCAAUUAACAGCCCCGAAAGUGUGAACCAGACUGUACAAAAAAGCGAAAUUUCUGUCUUAACUGGAGGGCAAACUAGAGUGCUAAGGGCCGGAUCCAUGGACGAAGGAGACCUUGAUGCUGAAGGCGCCGGCAUUAGUCUUUGGUCGCAGCGUGAUUCAAAUGAGGACUGGACCACGGUGACAACGCUUCCCAGACCGAAUACAUCAGCUUUUACUUCCGCCCAGCCGGCCUCUCGGUAUCAGAAAGUGACGCAGCACCACACAACAACGACCGAUCUCCUAGGAUCCUCAAAGCCUCAAAAGCCCGAGAAGCUCGAUAGGCUCGAUGGACCAAAGAGGUCCCGCAUGAGCAGGCCAUUUUCUUUAGUCUUUCCUCGAGAAACAACCAAAUCUGCCCUUAUAGAACUUUCGCCUGAAUUAUCACCCGAUGUUCAGUGUUUUAGUCCAAAAGGCCUCGCUUCUUCUUCCUUACCUGGACUUUCUUCCCAUCCAGAUUCCAAUAGCUCUAUGGACAGUCUCCUCAGCGCCUCCAUCUCUAAUAUACCAGAAAAUAUUAAGCAACCUGACUCGGUAGAAUCUGUUUCUUUCCUUAUGAAUUCACCAUGCAAUCAUUCCAGGCCUGUAUCCUCCUCAACUUCUAUACCUUCUAAAAGGGAUCAACCGAAACUUGCUUACAAUGCAGAAAAACGAUCACCUGGGAUUUCUAAAAUUCGGCCGAAAAGCUGCAUAAUUAAUCAUACUGAUGGGACUUUGGUUGGUCUCCAAGUGCCUAUGGACCCCGUCAUUCAGGAGAUGCGGAAUGAAGUUAUGGAAAAGGAAAAGAAGAAAGUCUCGGUUCUCGGAGGCAUGGCAAAGCGAUGUGGUGCUGAUGCAAACACUCCGAAAUGUAGUCUUUCUCAUAGUGAAAGUCGCGAAUGGACUGGUGUCUUAUAUUCCGAUGUCGUUGAAAAGUCAGAUGAGCAUCGCCGAAGCUCAUGUGAUCCUCACUGGCCAGAUACCACGCAAGACCCCUUGGAGGUCAACCUAAAAGAGCAAAAGAAUGGCGCAUAUAUCCAGAAAACAUAUAUACAAGGGAAUUUUAUGUCUUCCUUUAAGAACGAUCUCGUGAGAGGAGACAAAAUAACAACCAUGUUAUCCAGAGAUACUAAUACUUCUGUUGUAAGUGGCUCGGAGAGCUUCAGCCUGGCAUAUAAGUCGUUUGUAUCAACGGUAUCUGACAUAGAUUUCACAAAAUUGGAUGAUUCCCUCGGGACAUUCAUCAGUGGAAAAAUAAAAAGACUUCUCGGUCUUAUGUCAAAUUUAGUGGCACGGCUUGGGUCGAAUGCUGUUAGAGAACCGUCUUCCUCAAAAGUUAUGAAAGUCAAAGCGAAUGAAGUCGAUAAGCAGGCCACUGAGGUAGUUGGGGAUAUUGAAGCUGCUCUCGGAUCAUUCUCUUUCUUGUUUUCUGACUCGCUCAAGAUAAAAUCGAUGUCAACACCUACAAAUGCGCCGACUUUAAAUGGCCUUGAUCAUACCGACUUAGGCGACCUCAGGCAGUUGUCUGAGGUGGCUGUUACUACUGGGUGGUUCCAGCUAGAUCUUUUGUUCUCAUGGCACCUGAACCACCUUGUCAAGCUACUGUCACGCUUGAAAUCAUCUUUAGUGACUUUUAGUCCCUGUUGGAGGCAGGAAAGUUCAGUACACACACAAUGGACGUUAAUAGCUGUCCAUGGUCAGGUAAAAUCCCAAUUAUUUUUCAACAAACUGGGUAAAUUAUAUAGCUAG